AUGGAGAUUCAAAUUCCAUAUUCCAUCCUCUUCACCUUCUUCUGUUUGUUCCUUCUGAUAUUAAAGCCAUCAAGAUUCAAGAGAUCCAACAAAACCUUACCUCCAGGCCCAUGGAAGCUUCCUAUCAUAGGAAACUUGCACCAAAUGGCAGGGCCAUCACUGCCUCAUCACACCAUGAGAGACCUCGCAGACAAGUAUGGUCCCUUGAUCCACCUUCAACUCGGAGAGACUUCCAACAUCAUAGUCUCUUCCCCAGAAAUGGCCAAAGAGGUUAUGAAAACACAUGAUCAAAUAUUUGCUAAUAGACCCUACUUUCUAGCCACCGACAUAGUUGGCUACAAAGCAAUUGAUGUUGGCUUUGCUCCUUACGGACACUAUUGGAGACAGCUUCGAAAGGUUGUCACUCUGGAGCUUUUGUCUCUAAAGAGGGUCCAAUCAUUCAGAGCUAUAAAGGGAAGAGAAGAUAGCAUCACUCUUGAACGGACAAUGGAGCUGGCGACUGGACUCAGUGUUGCGGAUCUUUUUCCUUCACUCAAAUUCCUUCCUGUGAUCACGGGGCUGAAAGCUAAGCUCGAGAAGCUACAUCAAGUGGGUGAUUCGAUAUUGCAAGAAGUUCUUACAGAACACAGAGAAAAGAAUAUGAGAAGAAGCCAAGACGCUAAUGAGGCAUAUCAAGACGAUCUGGUCGAUGUUCUUCUCAGGAUCCAGAAGGAAAACGACCUCGAAAUCCACGUAUCUGACGAUACCAUCAAAUCUAUAAUUCAGGUAAUAAGUCUUACUGUCUCUUUGAAUAAUACUUCCAGAUAA